AUGAACAGGUGGUGGAUGGUGGUGUUGCUGGCGGGCGCGGCAGCGGCGGGUGGUCGCUUGCCCCGCACUUCUCCGCCCGCGCCCCAAACCCCGCCGGCGUCUUCGUCGGCGCCGCGAUUACCCCAGAGGAAUCUCACCCUCGCAUCAAGAUCUUCCGUACGAAACAGAAACACCUCGUGUCAGAGGGUCACCAGAGCUUCACCACAGUUCACCGAGUUCACUGUUGGCGCUGCAGGCCGCUUUGCUUUACACACCAACCGCGACCCACCCUUGACCUCUUCUUGA